AUGAGGAACACGACAAGGUAACUCGGCCAAUACUCCACUCGUAAAUUUGGAUCAUUGAAUUAUACAAUAAUCGACAAAACUAUGUGAAACCACCACGCCCCUCAACGUCGUUAUUCUGAUCCAAAUUUGCGACUCAUCAAAAUCUAUUUUUUUCAUUUUCGCACCAAAUUCAGCUCCGCCUUUCUUCUCAACGAGGGCAGUUAUAAGAUUCCUGUAAUUCGUUUUUGUCCAAGUACCUUAUGUGGAGAAUGAUCCGAAGGUAUGGAGCAUAAUAAUGUACAUGAAGUACCAUGUUGAAGUGCUUAGAAGGUUUAUGUGCUUCCGUGCUUCAGUGUUGUGAAAUCGAUAGGCAAUCGAGAGGCCUAGAGGAUCCUGAAAUUCUUGCGCGUGAGACAGUGUUUAGUGUAAGUGAAAUUGAAGCACUUUACGAGCUUUUCAAGAAGAUCAGCAGUGCUGUGGUUGAUGACGGGCUGAUCAACAAGGAAGAAUUUCAACUAGCAUUGUUCAAGACAAAUAAAAAGGAGAGUUUGUUUGCAGAUCGGGUUUUUGACUUGUUUGACACUAAACAUAAUGAAAUUCUUGACUUUGAGGAGUUCGCCCGUGCGCUGUCCGUAUUCCAUCCUAAUGCUCCUAUUGAUGAAAAGAUUGAAUUUUCUUUUCAAUUGUAUGAUCUCAAACAGCAAGGUUUUAUUGAAAGACAAGAGGUAAAACAGAUGGUGGUUGCUACUCUAGCUGAAUCUGGCAUGAACCUGUCAGACGAAGUUAUUGAGAGCAUCAUUGACAAGACAUUUGAGGAAGCUGAUACAAAGCAUGAUGGUAAGAUCGAUAAAGAAGAGUGGAGAAGUUUAGUCGUGCGGCAUCCGUCUCUUUUGAAGAAUAUGACGCUUCAGUAUCUCAAGUAUGCCCUUACUUCAACGAUUCUUUGGACAUUACCACCACAUUCCCAAGCUUUGUUUUUCAUUCAAGAGUUGAGGAUACCUGAUCCGUGAAGUUGGAAGUAACCUACCUUGCUGGGCUUGUGUUUAUUUUCUGGAAGACGUUGCAGAUUGAGUUGUGAUUUUUUUUUUGUUUUCGAUAUGGUUAAAAUCCAUAACUGGUUGGACGCAUAAAAAUUUUAGUUGGUUGAAUGACUGAAUUACUGUCCAUAGUUUUAAAGCAAUCGAGUUGGUCGUAAAAA